CAAGGCCGCCAAGGAGGACUACUGCGACAUGGUCAAGUCUCGUCACCCCGAGGUGGAUGACCCCUUGAGCAUUCCGGUCGACGAGGAGUCGUUGGUCCUGUCGGGGCACGGGCGUCCGCAUGGCCGUUUCCCCUUUCUGAAUAAGGCGGUCAAGCCUACCCACUCCACGAGCUACACGCGUCUCAAGCAUACCCUCACCGCCGACAGCCCCCAGCCUCGUCCACGGCCUGCUCGUCCACCCGCCUACGAUGUAAGUUUUCCUCAUUUUCAUCCUCUUUCCGGUUUUCCUUCCUACAUGGCUAAGUGUUUACGAGAUUCAUUGUUUCUGAAAUUGUAGCCUGAGUUCGAGGCGGCCUUCGAAGUCUGCAAUGAAGCGUAUCAGCAGGCCGCUGCCCAGUGGAAUAGGCAGAAUACGGCCUACAUGGCGUAUAUAGGAGAAAUGAUGAUCUCUAUGUCUACUGGUACACCGCCACCGGCUCGAGUUACCGUGGCGGGGGACAUGCCUAUCAUGCCAUCGAGGGCAGCUUUCGCUGCGACUUACUACGGAUCCACACCGGAGGGAACGGGAUGGUCCGGGAACCAGGCAUCGCCGGGUGGGCGCGAGGUCACACCGGUUCAUGAAGGUGGUCGGUCUCCUGGGCGUUCUGCUGGUGCCUCUCCGUCGACUACUCCUGGGACUACUCCCGGUGCCUCUCCGUCGACUUCUCCUGGGCGUAGCACCGGUCCUUCUCCAGGUGGUUCUUCUGCAGCUUCUACCGGAGCGCAACCCCGGGCUGCUCGUUUCGCCAACGAUGUGGGCGGACACACCCCGCCCGGGUCCUUCCUCCGCUAGUCAGCUUAGAACUAGGGUUUGCUUGCUACUACUAUGUAUGCUACUAUGACAUGACACUCUCCGCUCUCCGCUUGUAUGCUACUAUGUGCACCAUGUAUGCUACUAUGUGAAUUAUAUGCUAUUUUGGUGAAUUAUGGCGAAUUUGGUCGAUUUGGAUGAAUUUGGAUGAAUUGGACCUGCUGAACUGCAUUGCAAUUGAAUUGGAACAGGAUUUUGGCUGAAACAGCAAAAAAACAGAAAAAAA